AUAUGCCCCGCGUCCUGGACUAACAAUGGAGAGUGAGAUAAUCCAGCGUUGUACAUACAAACUGUUGAGGAAGGAUCUAAUAGCUAGGGAGAUCGUGCGCUAUCAAAAUGGCUGACAUCAAACCACCAUUCACCGAGGAGUCGGCGAGAAAGAAAGUCAAAGCAGCACAGAACUUGUGGAACACCCAAGAUCCAGUGCGCGUCGCUCAAGCUUAUACGCCAAACUGUGUUUGGCGUAAUCGUACUUCGUUCUUCACUGGAACAGACAAUAUUAUCUCUUUCUUAACAGCGAAAUGGAAUCGUGAAGCCAAUUACAAGCUCCGAAAGGAGCUGUUUUCCUUCACCGAUGACCGCAUCGCAGUGCAGUUCUGGUACGAAUAUCAGGAUGCUGAAGAUGGAAUGCGCUGGAAGCGCUGCUAUGGACUCGAGGACUGGACCUUUGAUCGGGAAACCGGGAAGAUGCGAAAGAGAAUGAUGAGUGGCAACGAUCUAAUUCUGGGGCCUGACGGGAAUGGGGAAGGGAGAUGGUUUGUUGAUGGUGUUGACGUGGAAGAAGCUGUGAUUAGCGAGGAACAUUGGUGAUGGCCUACAUCUUAGCCAUAACACUACCAAUGCAUAAUUGAAUUUUAUCUGCUGCGCGACAAUGAAAUGCUGCAUACCCAUACAUGUGUCAUGCCGAGUGAACUCUGGCAUUAACCCUUUAUGUUCGCCCGCAUGUCACAAAGCACAUGUAUGUCUGAGUCUCAACUGUCUCAACCCGGUAUACCGACUUGACGCAAUUUCCUCUGUGGACACGAUAAUGUUAACCGCUUUUGCAAAUCUGUGGAAACUCACAGUAGAUGAUAAUCAUACCCAGAAUGUCUUAAUUCGCGGAAUGGGUUAGCCAAAUGCCCUCCCUUGAUUCAUAACCCUUCCCCCUCCUCAACUCUAAUGCUGGUAUUUU